AUGCUUAAGCGAGAAGAAAAUGGGUCAUUGUUCUGCAAGAUUACGCGUUGGGAAGGAAGUAGCCACGAUGGCAAGACGGCCGAGGAUGUCUAUUGGUAUCAAGAGAAUGGGGUGGUCGAAGUCGUGGCUAUGUGUUCUUCGGCUACAUUACACACGUUAUUGCAAUCCAAAUUGUGA